UCCCGGGAGUCCUAGCGGCCGCUGAAGGUGAGCGGGUUGUCAUGGCGGUCGCGGCGUCGGCGGCCUACCUGACUCACCAGCAGAAGGUGCUGCGGCUUUAUAAGCGGGCGCUGAGACACCUGGAGUCGUGGUGCAUCCACAGGGACAAAUACCGGUACUUUGCUUGUUUGAUGAGAGCCCGGUUUGAUGAACAUAAGAAUGAAAAGGACAUGGUGAAGGCCACCCAGCUGCUGAGGGAGGCAGAGGAAGAAUUCUGGCACGGUCAGCAUCCUCAGCCGUACAUCUUCCCUGAGUCUCCUGGGGGCACCUCCUAUGAGAGAUACGAGUGUUACAAGGUUCCCGAGUGGUGCUUGGAUGACUGGCAUCCUUCCGAGAAGGCAAUGUAUCCUGAUUACUUUGCCAAGAGAGAGCAGUGGAAGCAACUGCGGAGAGAAAGCUGGGAGCGAGAGGUUAAGCAGCUGCGGGAGGAAACCCCUCUUGGUGGUCCCAGAACUGAAGCUUUGCCCCCAGCCCGAAAGGAAGGUGAUUUGCCCCCACUGUGGUGGCAUAUUGUGACCAGGCCCCGGGAGCGACCCAUGUAGAGAAAGGAAGAUGCCUCUCCAGUCAUAAUCGCAAGUGAAAUAAGUUAUAGGACAUACACUUGCCCUAAUAAAAAACUCCAUAUGGUAUGACUGACGUGUUCUUGAGGAGUAACACAAUGCCAGGUGACUGGGUCACUGUCAUUUUCUUAGCAGUUGUGCAUAUGAAGAAAAGUAUGUGAAAUGUAGUCAGUCAGAUGUGUUCUGCUCUUCCCCAUUAAGUGAUAUUGAUAAUACAUGCUGUUGAGGGAAAACUAUACAGCAGAACCAGAUAUAAGAUUUACUCUGAAGAUUUAGUUGAACACACUUGAGUUGAAGGCUUAA